AUGUCCCAGAUCCCUGCCACACAACGCGCAGUUAGCGUUCACGCUUUUGGUGAACCCACAAAGCUUCGCAACGACCACCCCGUUCCAGACCCAUCCAGUCUCGCGCCGAACGAGUGCCUCGUCAAGCUCGAGACGGCAGGCGUGUGCCAGAGCGACCUCCACGCGCGCAACGGUGACUGGCUCAUCAAGCCGCCUAGGCUUCCAUUCAUUGGCGGACACGAGGGCGUCGGGAAGGUGGUCGCUAUUGGAAAGGGGGAACUCGUCGAGGAGGGCGGGGUGAAGAUGGGAGAUCGGGUGGGACUGAAGUGGAUUGCGACGGUGUGUAACAAGUGCGAGUUUUGUCGGAAGGGGAAUGAAUCCUCAUGCCCAAAGCGUCUGGUGAAUGGAUUCUCAACGGAUGGGACAUUCUGCGAGUAUAUCCGUACGUGGACAGACUACGUUACCCCCAUUCCGGAUGUUCUCUCGAGCGCAGCUGCUACACCUCUGCUCUGUGCUGGGUUGACGGUGUACAAGGGCCUCAAACACGCGAACUCUCUACCCGGAGAAUGGAUCGCCAUACCUGGGGCGGGCGGAGGACUCGGUCACAUCGCGAUCCAGUUGGCAAGGAACAUGGGUCUCCGAGUCUUAGCUAUCGACUCUGGCGAAGAGAAACACAAGUUAUGUAUGGACCUGGGUGCCGAGCAGUGGCUCGACUUUGCCCAGACAUCCAACAUUGUCGCUGAUGUACAGCGCUUGACAAAUGGCGGGCCGCGCACGGCGCUCGUUGCUGCCGGUGGAGCAAAGCCAUAUGAACAAGCACUUUUGUACCUCAAGCCGACGGGCACGCUGAUUGCAGUUGGGCUGGGCUCAGACGCAGUUAUGCAAGCGCCGUUUAUGGUGUGGGUUGGGAAGGAACUCAAACUGGUUGGUUCCGCGCUGGGAUCGAGGCAAGAUGCGAUUGAGGUGCUGGACCUGGCUGCGCAGGGCAAAGUCGUCGCUCACUACACGACGAGGAAGCUUGAGGACGUCGAGAGCGUUUUCGCAGAGCUCGCACAGGGCAAGGUUACCGGAAGAGUAGUACUCGAGAUUUAG